AUGAAUCCUAAAAUCGUUAUUAUUGGAUCUUGCAGUGUCGAUUUCACGACGUAUUCUCCAAGACUUCCCAAACCCGGUGAAACUCUUCAUGGAACCAAAUUUGUCACAAGCUUUGGAGGUAAAGGUGCUAAUCAAUGUGUAGCUGCAGCGAAACAAGGAGGAAAUACAUAUAUGAUCGGCAGAGUAGGAAAUGAUCAUUGGGGUCAACAAUAUAAAGACAGUUUAAAAAGUCAUGGAAUCGAUGUAACAUAUACUCAUAUUACCAACGAUGUCACCACUGGUAUUGCUCAAAUAUCAGUAGCAGAAAAUGGUGAAAAUCAAAUAAUUAUAGUGCCUGGUGCUAAUAAUUAUCUCAGUAAAGCUGAUGUUGAUGAAGCUAAGGAAUUAAUAGAAAAUGCUGAUAUCAUUAUCGCACAACUAGAAACUCCUUUUGAGACCACAUUGGAAACAUUUAAGUUAAAUAAGGGCAUUAAAUUACUAAAUGCUGCUCCUGCUAGGACGGAUAUACAAGAAAUAUUGCCCUAUUGUACUAUACUCUGUGUAAACGAAUCCGAAGCGUCUUUAUUAGUGGGUUUUGAAGUUGAAAUCCCUAAUAUAAAGGUUGCUCUUGAUAAACUACUGGAAACUGGAUGUGAAAUUGCCUUAAUAACAUUGGGAAUUCAGGGAGCCGCAUACUGCCUAAAGAAUACAAAAAAAUAUAUUCAUGUUUUAUGUGAUAAAGUAACAGCAGUAGACACGACUGGUGCUGGUGAUGCAUUUGUUGGUGCUCUAGGUACAUUCUUAGUAAACAAAAAGAAUAUUGAUUUCCACCAAAUUGUAGGUGCUGCUUGUGAAAUAGCAACACUAUCGGUAACCAAAGAAGGUACUCAAACUAGUUACCCGGAAAAAUACGAUGUAUUUAACAAAAAAUUCAAAUAUGUUUGUCUUUAA